AUGAAAUUGCUGGCAUCUCAGUGGCAUCAACUGGUGCCAACCAUGUCAAAUCUCUCUGCAUGUUUUGGUUGUGGCAUUGGAUGGUUCUCGUUUUUAUUGGGGUUUGUAUUUCCACCAUUAUGGUACUAUGCUACAGUGCUUUACUUUGGAAACUAUUACCUUAAAGAUCCAAGAGAAAGACCUGGACUUGCAGCAUCAGCCAUUGCAGCUUUGAUUUGCUCGGUCAUUGUCUUGGUUUCCCUAGCUGCUGUUUUCUGUUAG